AUGACAUCGAGGCAGAGCACAUCUGCACCCGCGUCUGCGGCCGGAUGCUCAAAUGUGGCCGUCACGCCUGCCCGGAACUCUGCCACAAAGGCCCGUGCAAUUCAUGUCGGGAAGCUAUAUUCGAAGAGAUUCCUUGUCACUGCGGACGCUCUGUUCUAUAUCCGCCCCAGCCAUGUGGCACUCGGCCACCUCCAUGUCGAUAUGAUUGUGAACGACCAAAGCCUUGUCAUCAUCCGCAAACACCUCACAACUGCCACACGGAUGAUGAAGAGUGUCCCAAAUGCCCGUUUCUCACCGAAAAGUCCUGUCUUUGCGGCAAAAAGCUGCUGA